AUGCGAUCACAUUCAUCCGAGAGUCAACAACAACAGCAACAACAUGUUGUUCCACAGAUUACAACAGUGACUACGACCACUACAACAGUGACGCCUUCAACACCCAUUCGAUCAUCGCUCACUCGUUCAAACGUACACAAUGGCGGAAGCAGCGGUAGUGGAGGUAUAAGCAUCAGUGGCAGUCUGAGUAGUGGCAUCAACUUUAACAAUAUCAAUCAUAAUAGUAAUAAUAUUAGUAGUAGCAGCAGCAGUAGUAAUAAUAAUAAUAGUAAUAAUAGUGUAAACAGACAACAACAGCGCAUAAAUAGGACGAACAAUAGUGCUGACUACCUUUUGAAUGGUGGAGGUGGAGGUGGAGGCGGAGGAGGAGACAACUUGAUCAACUUAUCAUCACCGCCCAGACAGAACAAGAAUACAUCAAACAUUAAUAACAAUGGAGGUCAGGUUGGUACGCCCCAACAUAGCAGUGGCAGUUCACUACAGGGGCGUCACCAUAACGAUCCAGAUAUGUUCAACGAGGUACUCACACCAAUACCUGUGGUGCGCACAAUAGGCACCUCUUCAUCGUCGAUACUAAGCAGCACUGAUCUCGACUUUGACUUCCUCGUGCCUGGUUCAUCAUCGUCAUACUCAAACUCAAAGAACACUCUGGCAAAUAGUAAUGGGCAGCAGCGGCAGUGGUAG